AAUGCUGGGAAUUAGUUAUUAAGGUGCUUAUUCUGCAAAGGUAACUGUACGAUGGCACAGGAAUCUUAACAACGUAGGAUGUUGGUCUGAAGAAACUAAGGCUAUUUCUGUCAUUUCCAUCAUCCCUGUUCCUGCCCCUCCUCCUGGGUGUUAGUGGUGUCACUAUGGCAACGAGCACGCGCCGCCCAGGCUCAAUUCUGAAGCGGUUACUGACCUCCGCCGCCUCACUCUCCGCAGACUAGUGAUUUCACCGCGCGUCCCACCCACUAGGUCUCAGAUACAUACAUCUCCCUUGGCCUCCACACAAGGAGCCGAAGGGCAGCAUGGCCAAGGCGGCAGCCUCUUCGCCUCUAGAAGACUUGGAUCUGAGUGGAGAGGAGGUCCAGCGGCUCACCUCCGCCUUCCAGGACCCGGAGUUCCGGCGAAUGUUCUCCGAGUACGCCGAGGAGCUCACAGACCCUGAGAACCGGCGGCGCUACGAAGAGGAGAUCACGGCGCUAGAGCGUGAGCGCGGAGUGGAGGUGCGGUUCGUGCACCCGGAGCCGGGCCACGUAUUGCGCACCAGCCUGGACGGCACCCGGCGCUGCUUCGUGAACGUGUGCAGCAACGCGCUGGUGGGCGCGCCCAGCAGCCAGCCCGGCUCUGGGGGCGCGGUGUCCGGCAGCCAGUGGUCCCUGCCCUACAGCCUGGCUCCCGGCCGUGAGUACGCGGGGGGGCGCGGCAGCCGCUACACCGUCUACGACGUGGUCUUCCACCCAGACGCGAUCGCGCUGGCCCAGCGCCACGAGCGCUUCCGCCAGAUGCUGGACGCCACGGCCCUGGAGGCCGUGGAGAAGCAGUUCGGCGUGAAGUUGGACCGGAGGAACGCCAAGACCCUGAAGAUCAAGUAUAAGGGGACUCCGGAUGCCGCCGUGCUGCGCACACCCCUGCCCGGAGGCGCGCCGGCCCGACCCGAGGGGGAGCCGGAGAGCCCUCUCCCCGAUUUCCCCUACCCCUACCGAUACCCGGCGGCCGGCGUGAGCGCUGCGGUCCCCCGGCCCCAGGCGCCCUCCCCUCCGGAGGCGGUCCGGCAGCCCGCCCCCACCGAGCCUCGCUACAGCGUGGUGCAGCGCCACCACGUGGACCUCCAGGACUACCGCUGCUCCCGAGACUCGGCGCCCGGCACCGUGCCCCAAGAGCUGGUGGUUACCAUCGAGCUGCCGUUGCUGCGAUCGGCCGAGCAGGCGGCGCUGGAGGUGACGGGGAAGCUGCUAUGCCUUGAUUCAAGGAAGCCCGACUACCGGCUGCGACUCUCGCUCCCGUACCCGGUAGAUGACAGCCGCGGCAAGGCACAGUUCAACAAGGCGCGGCGGCAGCUGGUGGUCACGCUUCCCGUGGCGCCGACUGCCUCGCGCCCGGAGCCCGCCGCGUCCCCGGAAGGGGCAGCCGAUCCGCCAGGAACUGACGGCGCGGCCUGCGCUUCCGCUCGCCCCGUGGAGGCGGGCCCGGCGGGGGUUUGUGCUGGGGACGCAAGCUCAGGUCCCAGCCGAACCCGGGCUGCAGACGCCGGGAUCACCACUCCGGACGCCGCCGGGGAGGAGCGCGUCGCAGAAUCCGAGGAGCGGGAUUUCGGCGGACAAGAGAUAUCAACCCCAGGGACCGGGGAGGAGCCGCCUCCCGGAGCCGGGAACUCACCUGGGGACCGUGGCGGAGGCGCUCUUAGUACUUCCUGCGGGGUCCUUGACGCGGGCCUUUCUGUAGGGAGCGCGAGCGUGCGCCCGACGCUCGGCGUGGAGGCGCGCGAGGCCCGGGAAGGCACCGGCAGGGAGCUGGCUGAUCGAGCGAUGGGUGGUUGCGAGACCGACCGCGGGGAAGCUUUGUGUCCGCCUUUGCAGUGUAGGCAGGAUGAAGAAUCCCUGACUCUGCUCAUUCAAGUGCCUUGGAUCCUGCCUCAAAGUCUUCAAGGGGAAGUGAACCCCCUCUGGUACAAAUUGUCCUUCUCUACCCAAGACUUAGUUUAUUAUUCCUUCUUUUUGCAAUUUGCUCCAGAGAAUAAAUUGAGUACCAAAGAACCAGUGGUUAGCAUUUCUUCCAACAAUGCAGUGAUAGACCUGGCCAAGUCUCCAGAAUGCCAUGGAUACUGGAGAGAGUGGUAUUACGGCUUAAACAACUGUUGUUUGGAGGAAAGGUUAUUUGUCAAUGAAGAUAAUGUUAAUGAGUUUCUUGAAGAGGUCCUGAGCCCUCCAUUCAAACAGACAUUACCCCUGACGCCACCAUUGAUUGAAGUUCUUCAGGUUACUGAUAGUAAGAUUGAAAUACAUGCAAAGUUGCAAGAAUGCAGUAACUCUGAGCAGCUUCAUGAAAAGGAAAAAGUCCAUGAAGCAAGUCCUCUAACAGAAAAAGAAAAUACAGAACAUGCUUCCACUUCAACAACUGAUUCUGAUUCAUCUAUAGCAGUCACAGUACUAGAAGCAGACAGUUGUGGUUCAGUCCCAUGCUUGCAACAAGGGGCUCUUGAUGUUUCUCAAAAGCUGUUUGCAAAGUCUCAGCAACCUAAGUCAGAAAAGGAACGUGAAUUUAUAAAAGACAAAAGUGCUGUUUAUGCAAAUAAAGAAAAAGAUAACUUAAAAGAACCAGUAAUAACUGAAGAGAAAGAAUUGAAUGAAAAUCACUCAUCUCCGUUACUGAACAAAACUGCAGUUCACAAUACACCUGGUUUUGACCACAUAAAGGAAACCAAUAUGCAGGAUGGUAGUGUGCAGAUCAUUAAAGAUCAUGUGACUCACUGCUCAUUCAGUUUUCAGAAUUCUUUGCUUUAUGACUUGGAUUAAUUCUGUAUCAUUUUUUAAUUUAAAGGCUGAGUAAAAACUUUUGGACAUAGAUUGUUUACUAUCUUAAAACCAAAAGUAUUCAAAAAAGUAUAAAAUUAAAAUUUGUAUUUUUAUUCUUAUGGGGAAACUGAAGCUAAUAUUUUGUGUGUGUGUGUACAGUUUAUGUCAAUACAAAGCUUCCUUAAUUAUGGAAAUUUUGUGAUUCCACUGUUGUAUAUUUUUUCUAAUGGAGAGUUAAAUGUUUAGUGUCAAUACAACCUGUUUAUAGUCUUGUUUUUGGUUUCUUUUGUUUGCCAUUACUUUAAUAAAGUUUCCAAAAUAUUGUGUCACAAAAAGUAAUUCUCAAGAAUGCAAUGAACUAAAAGCACACACAAUAGAGUGUGUGUGUUGGGGGAAGGAGAAUCUCAAAACUAUGUGUUUAUAAAUCUCACUAAAUAGGAUUUAUUCAGUAUUUAUGCUUGUCAUAGAGAUUCUGAAAGAACUUUAUUAACCAAUAUUAAAUGAUUCAAACAAUACAAAUACACUGAAAUUUAUUAUUUCUGCUUCAACUCUGUAUCUUACUCUUCUCAUAUGUAAGUCACCAUAUUUUUGUGUGGGUGUAUACAUAUAUAUAAAUAAAAGUUACUAACGACUUUGAAAACUCUCAAAA